CAAAUUAUCCUAUAAAUACUCCUUCAGCUCCCACUUGAAAACCCUAUUCUUCCCUCCUCCAUCAACUCAACUAGUCUCACCACUCUUUAACCACCACAUUCUUUUACAAUGAAGUUCUCUGCCCCAGUCAUCGCUACCUUCGCUACCGCUGCUGUUGCCCUUGAAAGCACCACCACUGUUGUUGACAAUGCCACCACCGUUCUCACCAUCACCUCAUGUGCUAACAACGCCUGUGCCACCGCCGUCCACACUACUGGUGUCACGGUUUUGACCACUACCAUCGAAGACGUCGAGACCGUCUACACCACCUACUGUCCGUUGACCGCUACCACCGUUGCUGAGGUCAAUGUCGCUCCAACCACCCAGAUCUCCGUGGCUGCUCCAACUACCCAGGUCUCCGAAGCCGUUGCUCCAGUCUCCACCGCGACCGUUGCUCCAACUCCUGUGGCCGCCUCUUCCGACGAAGUCACCUACGUCGAUGUCACCACCACCCCAACUGUCACUGUCUCUGUUGGUGUUGAGUCCACCACCACUGUGCACCCAACUAUUGCCACUUACUACACCAGCACCAACAACACCUCCGCUGCCCCAACUGUCAUCAACUUCACCGGUGCUGCUGUCCAGGUUAGAGGCUACGCUGCUUUGGUCAUGGCUCCUUUCUUGGCUUUGUUGUUGUAAGAGCUUCCAAUCUCUUUCGUCGCAGGCCUUUUCAAGAGCCAACCUUUUGCCUCUCACAAGCGUCUUCAGCCA